UUUUGUUUUGCUUACCUGUGUUUAAUGACAUGUCAAGCAUCUCAACAUGACUUUUCAUUUGCCAUUAUCAUGGCAGACCAUAAACUCAAGCCGAAGCGCGAAGUGCAGCUGCACUCGCGUGACUUCGAGUGGGAAGACCUUGCUCGAGAAUGCGAGAUGCACGCGAAGGAACGUGACGAAGUGGUCGAAGGCGAGGUAAAAGAGGGGCCCCUCGAGACGCAGCAGCUUGCCAAGGAGGCCAAGGAUAAGUGGGACGUCUUCCACCAGCGCAAUAAUGGCAAGGUGUACAAACCCCGCAACUAUCUCGUCAAGGAGUUCCCCGAGCUUUACGCACCAGAACGUGAGGUGGUGGAAGUUCUGGAGCUUGGAUGUGGCUACGGUAGUGCCAUCUUCCCCAUUCUGGCCGAAUGUCCCAAUAUCCACGCACAGGUAUGUGACUUUAGCGCACACGCCAUUGAUAUUCUUCAGCACAAUCCCGAGUAUGACCCCAAGCGAUGCCGAGCCUUCGUGUGCGAUAUUGCGCAAGAGGAGCUGACGAGAGUCGCUCCAGAGUCCAUCGAUAUUGUGUUGAUGGUGUUUGUACUCUCGGCCUUACCACCAGAAUCAUUCGCUCAAACACUGCAAAAGAUCUUCGCGGCGUUACGACCUGGAGGGAUUGUCUGCUUCCGAGACUACGGGCUGUACGACCUCGCCAUGCGACGCAACGCAAAGAAGUUGGGCCCAAGUCUGUACUACCGCAGCGACGGCACCUUGGCCUACUUUUUCUCGCGCGAAGUUCUCGCGGAGCUGUUCGAAAAGGCUGGAUUUCAAGUACUAGAGAACGAAUACUGUACAGUUCGACUACGCAAUCGCAAGAAGGGAGUCACUAUGGACCGUGUCUGGCUGCACGCCAAGUUAAAAAAAAAAAAAAAACUGAAGCGAACGAUGACGACGUAGAGCUCGCCUCAAGUUAGGCUAGUAGUAUUUACUACGUUUUGUACCUCACCAUAAUCCAAUCGCCGACCGUGGCGAACACAGCACAUUUGUUUCAUCUACACCUUCUGGAUGCGGUGACAAGAAGUGCUGCACUUGCAAUAAACAAUUCAAGGCCGUCAAAUCUAAUUCGUU